AUGUUAUUUCAAAUUUUUGGUUGGGGAGGAGUUUUGAUAGCUCUUUGGAUUUCUACUUUUGGAUUAUCGUCUAUUUUUAUCGGGUUUUUAUUUUUAAUCUUGUUUAUUUGGGGGGUGUUUCAAUAUAUAUUUGUUAAAAAUGAAGAAGAUGUUAACAAUUGGCAUGUGAAACAAAACAUAUAUGCAGAGAAAUCAACGGAUGUGAUUUCUCCUGGAAUAAAAAAAAUUAUAAAUGAAUGUUCAAAUUUGAAAGUUUUACCAAAAUGUGAUAAUAGAUUGACUGGAUCUCAAGUAAUCGAUGAAAACUUACAUGAUAUAAUUAGUUACCUUAUUAGGGAUUACAUUUAUCUGUGGUAUGAUAAAGUCAGUGAUAAUGAAGAAUUUUAUUACCAUGUUAAAAACACUGGACAAAAGGUUAUUGUUCAAGUAGCAGCUAGAAUUAAAGAUGUAGACUGGAUUCCAUAUUUGACUACAAGAUUGGUGGAUGAUGCUGCUUCUCACUUACGCUUGUAUCGUCAAGCAUGUGCCAAAACUAAGCAAAAACAAAAAGAAAUUAUCGAAGCGAAACAAAAGCUUGCCAACGAAAUAACAAAACCUCAAAGCUUACAGAGUUUCAAAACCACAACAGAACAAAACACUGCAUCCGAACAGAAACAGUCACAUUUUAGAAAUCCUUCAGGAUCAAAUAUUCAAUAUAAUCAUUCUAGAAAUAAUUCAAAUUCAGGUAUCAAUUUUUCAUCUAAAUCACCUCCUGGUAGUGGUAGUGGUGGUGGUGACUCGGGAAAGAUAAAAAAUCAUAAUAAUGAUAGCGACUCAUCAGUAUUAGAUUUGGAAGGUGUUUUUUUCGAUUUAGAAUUAGCCAUGGAAAAGCAUAUCCUAUGUAGAGAUACAAUUUGUAUUGACAAAGAACAAGAAAAAUUAUUCCUACAAAGUCUGAUGGAUGUUUUACUUUUGUUGUUUCUUCCUCCUGAUGAUUUUCAUUGUUUGUCUUUUCGGUUGUUACUUCGAGACCUCCUUGUCGGUGGAGUCGUAUUGCCUUUGUUUACUUUAAUAACCGACCCUGAUUAUAUUAAUUUAUGUAUCAUAUGGCUGUGUCGCGAUUUUGCUCUGACUCCCGAUGCCUUUUUGCAAACUUUAAGAACUUCUGAUAGCGUGGGUGAACUCGAAGCUACUAAGGAAUUAUUAGCCAAAGAAAUUGCUCACCUACGAUCUCGAGACUCGGGUGGAAACGACGACAAUUUUGUUAAACAGCAAUUGAGCAGUUUGUUGUACGUUAAUAAAGUUUUAGACAAUAGACUGAAAAGACUGCAGGAAGGUCUUGACACAGACUCUUUAGCAGAGUGUUUACUUACACAAAGUUCAAAGCUAGUCACUUUAACGCUAGAUUUUAUAUUAAAAAAUAAUGUGGCUCUUUCAUAUUUCAUAGACUACAUGACUUCAACAAAAGAACAAAAUUAUAUUUUUUUGUAUCUUAACGUGGAAGGUUGGAAAUUGUCCGUUAGAAAAUUAUUAGACGGAUUAAAUAUUAAGAAAACAAAUAACGAUGACGAAAUUUAUCUGUCUGGUGGCGAAAACAUGAAAGAGACGGCCAUUAGUAUUUGCGAUCAAUAUUUAAUGGAAUCUGCAAAUUCGAAAAUAAUUAUAGAAGAACGUUUAUUAAAAAAUUUAACGCAACGAAUUAAUACCGAAACGAUUUCGGAUGAUUGGUUCGACGACAUAUUGAAUUAUAUUUAUUGUAAAUUACAAACAAAUGAAAAGUUCCUCCCUGGAUUUUAUAAAAGUUCAAAUUACAUAAAACUUCUUUCCGAGUUGGAAUUGCUCAAAGAUAGCAUUUUAGUUGAAGAUAACGAUGAUGAUUCUUCCAGUUUGGACAAUAUAAGUCUUUCCGACACCACGAGUUUGCAUUCAUUAGACAACGCGGAUUUAAAUGAUCAAAUGGCUAAUACAUCGUCUGAUGAAAAUUACGAAAAUGUAGCAGUGGUAGUAGAAAAAACCAAAGAUGUUAAUUCUAUACAGAAAAAAGGAAAAUUCACUUUGGCAGCUGAAAUAAUCGAUACGGGUGUCGUACAAGACAGAGGUAAAACAUACGGUAUAUACGCACUUUACGUCUGCAAGAUAUACGAAUACGGUUUUGUCGACAAAUGGCACGUUUAUAGGAGAUAUUCAGAUUUUUACGAUUUACAACAAAAAGUUAAAGAUUCUUAUGCGACGCUCGGGAAAUUGACUUUUCCCGGUAAGAAAACAUUCCACAACAUGGAGAGAGCAACUCUUGAAAAAAGAAUGAAAAUGUUAAAUGGAUACUUGCAAGUUUUAUUGCAAAGCGUCGAAGUAUCCGACAAGUACCCGAAAUUACUUUCCAUGCUGGUUUCAUUUUUAGAACCCGGAGAAUACGAUAAGUGUACAGGACCGUUUGCUAAAACCUUUGAUACUCUGGUUAAUCCAUUGAAAACGUCAAUGAGAACGGUUGGUCAAGCGGUACGCACAAUGCCGGAUAAUUUUUUAAAUACGGUCGAUGAAGUAUUCGAUGGGAUAACAAAAGUUUUUCAAUUGAAAAAUAAAAAUUUUGACGAUCCAAUGAAAGUCGGAUCAUUUUUACAUCAAGAAACGGAUGAUAACAUUCCUUUAAGAAUUAUGUUGUUAUUAAUGGAUGAAGUUUUCGAUUUGAAAUCAAGGAAUCAAUGGUUGAGAAGACGUAUAGUUACCAUAUUGAGACAAAUAGUCAGAACAAUGUUUGGCGAUAUUGUUAAUAAAAAAAUUGUUGAAUUUGUUGCUGUUUUAACUUGCCCGGAGCAAGUGUCUUCAUAUUUGGAUACAUUGAAACAAUCAAUAUGGCCUAACGGUCACCGAGCUGUUCCUACCACCAGAGAUGAAUCUACCAAAUUAAGAACAAGAGUUAUGGCAAAAACGGCACUUUUGUCUUCCCUAUCGGACGAAUUAAAACAUAUCAUUGGUAGCGACACAACGAGAAGAGGUUUAAUUAAAAUAUUUCAUUUAUUUCAACAUCCGGUUUUAAACCGAAGGAUUUUAUACGUUUUGAUGGAAGGAAUUUUGGAAACAUUUUUCCCACAACAUAAUAUAAUUGAUAUAUUUCAUAAAAUACAUUCCAAAUUCGAAAUUUUUUUUUUUUUUUUUUUUGUUCCAGGUCUUCGAGAAUUGGGGAACAAUCAAAAUUGA